AUGGCCGCGCUGCACGCCAAGGCCGGCGGCCCCCCGCAGAUCCCCGACACCCGCCGGGAGCUGGCCGAGCUGGUGAAGCGCAAGCAGGAGCUGGCGGAGACGCUGGCCAACCUGGAGCGGCAGAUCUACGCCUUCGAGGGCAGCUACCUGGAGGACACGCAGAUGUACGGGAACAUCAUCCGCGGCUGGGACCGCUACCUCACCAACCAGAAGAACUCCAACAGCAAAAACGACCGGAGGAACCGCAAGUUCAAGGAGGCUGAGCGGCUCUUCAGCAAGUCCUCGGUCACCUCGGCAGCGGCGGUCAGUGCAUUAGCUGGAGUUCAGGACCAGCUCAUUGAGAAGCGGGAGCCUGGCAGUGGCACAGAAAGUGACACUUCUCCAGACUUUCACAAUCAGGAGAAUGAGCCCAACCAGGAGGAUGCUGAAGAGCUGGAUGGGUCUGUGCAGGGCGUGAAACCCCAGAAAGCUGCUUCCUCUACUUCUUCUGGGAGCCACCACAGCAGCCACAAAAAACGGAAGAACAAAAAUCGACACAGGACUACUAGACUCAUCAGUGCUGAUGCUUCUGGGAUUUAGGCCUACAUGAAUCCCCACUGAGAAAAAUGCCAGUCGCCUGAAUGAGCAUGAUGGCAGCUCUCUGGCCAAGUGUCUGCAGAUGGGAGUGGCUCGCUCUAAAGAACUUAGAUGGGGGGAGAAAAUCUUGGACCAUGUACUUUGCAUCAUUUUUAAAUCACCUGAGUUGCAGGAAGACUAAGGUGUAGUAGCAGUAGUCCCGAAUUCCUGACUAUUCUGUGCUUCCACCUCAGUUGGGAACUUCCCAAAAUUGGCUGAUCUUGCUGCUGCCACCCUUGUCAUCUGCAAACCCAUGGAGAGGUUUUUCUUUUUCCACUGGAACUGGGGUAUGAUUCAGUAUGUCCCAUCCAUGUUGUAAGACUUAGAUUACUUUUGUUGCUGAUACUUAGCUUUGUAGUUUUGUUUUUUGGUUUUUGGUUUUUUUUUAAACAAAGUGUGUAGUUAACAAACUGAGUUUUGGUUUCUUUGUUUUGAUCCAUGUAGAGUGGAAGGUUCUCCGUUUUGUGGAACAGCUCAUUUUGAUGCUUAGUCGAGCAGAGAAGAAGGUGGUUAACCCUCUUCUCUAACUUUAAUUUUAAACACCAUCCCCUAAAAUUUACACAGUGCUUUUAGAUGCAGGGAAGGCUGGAGCUCAAAGCCAUCUUGCUCUUUGCUGUCUUUGAGGUUGGGUGGAUUCUCUUUUUAAUACAAAAGUCUGUCAUUUGUACAUAAACAAUAAAGUUACAUGUUUGUCUCU